UGAUGACAGCAGCAGAAAAAGCUAUUUUUUGCAUUUAUUUUUUUGCUGAAAAAAUCGAAGCGUUCGGACGAACCGGGAAUUGCAAUCUCGGGAAAUAUAAUAUAUCCCCCCGCCCCACCCGUUCACAUUUCGUGUCACAUCCGUAUCCGUUUCCCGCGGGGCGCAUUUUAGCGAGCGACCCUCUGCAUCGCGUGUGUAUUUGUUUUACCCUACUGCGUGUGCCCGUUCCGCCCCCAGCAAAAGGUUCCGCCGGGCUCGACGGACUCCGAAAGGAAAGGAUACUGGAGACGAAGAAGAACGCAUCUAUCGCGUAGUAAAAGUGUAUCGUUUAAUAGCGUUUAGUAAGAAAUCAAGAGAAAAACACAAUCGGCACAAACGGGACUAUCUGCAGUGGUUGCAGUUUUUUUAGCUCCCCCCGAAUAACUGGAGAAGUGCUUUCCCUAGUUUCUUCUUCGUUUUUUGUUGUUUUCUUUCCGUUUCACCAUCGCCGCCACACCUCUCGGUCACCCCGCGAAAGGCGUCGAACCCUUCCGUGACCGUAGAGAAAGAGAGAGAGAGACAGAGCGCGCUUGGGGGUUAAAGAAAAUCAAUGUUUUAGAAACAAUUCCUUCCACGCAGUGUAUAGUAGUGUGCACAACUACGUACGUGAGAUUGUGAGACAAGCGCCGUAAUCAUUCAUUAUCGCGUAGCGCCAUCCUCAUAAGCGAACCUCACUCGACGAAGGAAGACAACUCCAGACCUGCAUUCAGUGAAGAUUGUGUUACAUUUUUUAUGUGCUGACCCCCCAUGAUGUUAUGCUAAUUUUGGCCAUCAUCACCACAGUUGAGUUGUCUCGGUUGUUGCAACGCGUUUAUUUGCGCCGAUAUUUAGCAGAUCCUGCACACAUAGAACAGCAGCAGCAGCAGCACCAGUCAGCUCCUUUAUUGAACCAUAUAUCAUCGUCCUUGCUAGAGCGCCUUGAGUUCACCAUGGAAACCACCGACCGAACCGUCUCUACCGUCGCGAGCGGCAGCAAGAAGUUCGUAUUCAAUGCGGACGAUAGUCAACAUUCCUUCAAGACCACCGAUAAGAACAUCACAGUCGUGUGUACCGAGGGCAAACAUGACCGUGGCAGUUCGAAGAUCAAGCUGGUCAACGUGGUCAACUUCAAAUGGGAACAGAAAAACUACCCGGGCCGGUUGAUAGCCUGCCACAAGGAUUGCUAUCUGCUGGCUUACUCGAUUCGAGUAACGAAGCAGUCGAAGAGCGAAGGUAUGGUCCGGGUAGCUCAUCUGGACCUGCCCGAACGGGGGCUGAUCAAGGGCCUGUCGGACGAGAUACUGGAUCUGCAGUUCUCGCACAACAGCACCACCGAAUGUCUGCUCGGCAUCAUCGAACGGACGACCCUGCACGUGCACCAGGUGCUGGUGAAGGGCGAGAAGGUGACCACCGCGCUGAAGGUGAAAAUCGUCGACCCGCUCGAGGGGCACGUGCCGAUCUGCGAUCGCAUCACGUGGUGCCCGUACCUGGGCGACGGUACCGACUUUAACGACGAGUUUGCGAAGCAACUGCUCGUGUGGACGCGCGGUUCCACCUUCCAGUGCUACAGUAUUAGCGUGCUGACGAAAUCGUACAUCGAUACGACCGACCUGAAAGCGUCCGACAUCGAGGAGGGCGGGUUUAAGGCGAACGAUGGCGAAGCCACCAUCACCGGCAGCGUGUUUUCCGACGACGGUACCACGCUCGCGCUCAGCUCGAGCGACGGUCUCAUCCGGUUCUACCAGGUGUACCAGCACGCGAACGAUCGGUCCCCCCGGCGGCUGCACCUGUGGAAACCGCACGACGGCAAGCCGAUCACGAGCUUCUUCUUCCUGGACAACUACACCGAAACGGUCAACAACAAGACGAUCUGGAAGCACGCGAUCACGUGCGCGGAAAACAACGCCGAGAUUAAGGUGUGGUGCUGCGAGUCCUGGGAGUGUCUGCAGACGGUCCGGCUGACGUCGCCGGUCGAGGCGUCGCUCCACUUCAAGGCGGAAAUCGACAUAUCCUCCACGUACCUGGUGCUGACCGAGCGCAGCACGCGCCAGAUCUACGUGCUGCAGGUGCGCAAGGGACAGUCGGCGGGCUCGUCGGCGGAAAGCGAACCGAACAAGCCGACCCUCUCCAAGGGCGGCACACGCUCGAUCGUGCAGCCGUACAUUGUUUCGAUUGCGGAGUACCCGCUGUCGGCAUCGGUGCUUGGCUUUUCGAUACUGUACGCGGCGGCCGGCAACUCGAAGUACGGCGACUACGACGACGAUGAGGACGACGAGCAGGCGUCACCGAAGUGUGUCAUGAUUCGUAUGUUCCUCGUGCAACCGAACAACCUGCAGGACUGUACGCUCAUGUACGAAGCCAUUCCGGACAGUGAAAGUGAACCGCUAACGAAGGAACUAACGGACGACCCGGUCCGGGAUGAUGCGGAGGCAUCGGAAAGCACGGGCAACUCGUCGUCCGUGUCGUCCUCCGCUUCCAACGAAACCACGGACAACAAUGUGUCGCACGGCCCUUCGGAGGAGGAUGAUCGUUUGGUGGACGAAACGGCAGCGAAGAGCAAGAAGGUUGAUGGGAAGAACGGUGCGCAAGGCACGCUGAACAACGGAUCGGACAAUGUCGAAGAGGAGGAGGAGGAGGAUGAUAGCAAUAACCCCAUAGCGCUGAAAAUGGCCGAAGCGGCUCAGAAGUUAAACGACGUGUUUGUAUCUAUCCGCACGGCAAACUCUUCUGCGGAGGGAACAAACGUUGGUGGUACGAGUGGACCUACGACGCCGGCCAGUAGCAGCAACAAAGUGAAUCUUAUGACACCGGACUCCUUCAGCACACCGGGCAGCGCUACCAGAUCAGCAGGCAAGGAGAACGUGAAGGACGUGCGCAUUAUCAACCUUUCGGAGCUGCCCUACCCCGAAAUGGAAACGAUCAUGAAUCAGUACGAUCGGCGAACGGCCCCCACGGGAGGGCGAAGGCGGGGCCGGGGUGCACAACCGGUCAACACGACGGUUACGACCAACACCACCGCCACCACGACCGGUGCCAGGAAGGCCGCCAGCUCGUCCGUCACGAGCACGGCCAGCGCGAACGGUAGCGUGUCGUCUAGCGACAGUGGCGGCGCCUCAAGCGACGAUGAGCAGGAAGAGGAAGAGGAGGAAGGCGGUGGCAACACAAGCGUUGCCUCGGUGGCCGGUUCCGAGCGGGUCAUUACCGACAUUACCGACGAUCCGGACGAUGAGGAUGGGGAUGAGGAAGACACGGACGCCGAGCCGAAGCCGGUGUCCAAGCAGGGAAAGAAGAAGGGACCCGUGAAGAGAGCCCAGUUUGCGCUGGCCAACGGCAGCACGGUGGUCGAGCAGGGCAAGAGCAGAAAGCAGCCGCAGGGCCACGGGACGGGCGCAGUAGGUCAACCGGAUGGCGCCGUCAUUAGCGUCUCGGGGACGUCACUGACGAUGGAACAUUUUACGAAAAUACUUACACUUGACGAAGCAGAACCGCCGACGGUUCGAGAAAAAAUCAAAAGCGACGAAACCGUCAAUCCGGACGUACUCAGCACCCUGUUUAUGCUGGCCAAAGCCACUAAACAGCACCAGCAGCAGCAGCCGCCAGCGUCGGUUGCGGAUAUGGUGGCGUCCGCUGGCCAGCAGGUCACGCAGCCCACCACAAUGCCGACGACGGACGCACUGGAAGCGUUCGUGAACAUGGUGAAGAAUCGCUCGGAAGCGGCCGACGAUAGUGUGGCGGCCAGUAAGGCGAAGCAUCGAAAUUCCACCAACGGGCCAGGCAAUAAUACGGAGGAGGAUAGCGUUACAGAUGCUCCAACGGUACCACCGAUGCCAUCGGCGGAGAUGCUUGCUAGCGGCGGUUCGAGCCCGAGCCGGGAGGUGCAGCAAAUCAUGUCGACCAAGGGACCGGUCAUCAGCAUGGUCGAGGAUCUGUUCCUGUACUCGUGCGUCGAGCGGAAGGACGAUUACGACGAGGAGGAGGAGGAGGAAGACGACGAAGAGGAAGGUGUGGUGAACGUGGCCGACCGGUUCGAUGAAGAGGACGGCGUGGUAGUUGUGGUACCAAACGGUACCAACGACAAUGCGGACGAGGAAGUGGUGGACGAGAAAGAUCCGGAGCCGGAUGUGGCAGACGCUAGCGUGUUGUUGUCCGCAGAAAAGGCAUCGGUUGCGGCGUCCGCCCUGAAGGAACCGGCAGCAGACCCCACCAUCGAGCGGGAGGAAGUUUCGGUGCAAAGAAAGUCCUCCGCCCUGCUCCACGACAGUCCAGGUGAGGAAAGCGCGAAGGUGGAACCGAACGAUGAGCCUUCCGUGUCCGGCUUUUGGCCGUCGUCCGUACCGACGGAUGUGCCGGCGGUUGGAAAGGACGUUGUUACGACGGCACCACCGACCAUCGUGCACGUGCCCGACUCUUCGAAGCAAAUAGCCGAGCUGAGCAGCAAGCUGGACCGCAUGAUGGACCUCAUGGUGGCACAGUCGCGCCAGAUCGAGCAGCUGAACGUGCAGCUGGACGCGAUGAAGAAGGCCCGGGUGGAGGAGCAGCGCAAGAACAGUGCCACGAUGAACCGGUUCAACCAGACGCUGCCGAAAACGAUCGAAACGCAACUGUCCGGGCUGCUGGUGCAGCACUCGCUCAAGAUGGAGCAGACGCUGGUGAGCUGCUUCAACAAUCAGCAGGCCCGCAUCGCCGAAACCCUAACGCACCUACCUCAGGCGAUGAUUGCGCAGCUGCAAGGCCGUCUGCUGCAGGCGAUCGUGCAGGAGAUGCAGCAGAAGCUGCUGCCCGCGAUUAACGGCAAGCUGGACAUGGUGCAGCGUGCCGUCGCCGCGGAUCUGGCGGAAAAGCUGCGCACCAACGAAGGCGCCAUCCGGGACUCGAUUCAGCGCACGGUGCGAAGUGAGCCUGUCAUGAAGGCAAUGUCCACGGCCAUACAGACAGGCAUGCGGACGGUGCUGUACGACGUGUACCACGCAUCGCUGCGCGAGGUGAUCCUGCCCAGCUACAGCAAACAAUGUGAAGAACUGUUCCGACAGAUGAGCAAAGCCUUCUCGUAUGGCAUACUGGAACUCAUACAAAAGGUCGACAAACACCUGGAGGGCAUAGGGAAGAUGCAGGACCGUACCGGCGAGCUAGUGGAAAGCGUCCGGCAGCUGCCGAAGGAGCUCAGCACGACGGCCGACCAAACGACGAUAGCGACCGUGCGGGCGCUGCGCGAAACGAUCGAGAAGGAUAUGCGCGGGCUGCACGCGUCGCUGCUCCGGUCGGUGCGCGAGCACAUCCGGCAGGAGAUCGAGAAGGGCUUCGAGGCACAGGCGUCCUCGCUGGAAGACUCCGUCCUGUCGGUGGUGCGCUCGCAGGCCCAAACGCCCGCCCCGAGCAACAUGGACGUGCAGGACCAGAUCAAGCAGUACCUGAACGGGGGCCAGAUCAACAAAGCCUUCCACAAGGCGCUGCUGUCGAACGAUCUGAGCCUGGUGGAGUUUCUGCUCGAGCGGGCCGACCACAAGCAGGUGUUCAAUCCGUGCCCGCUCGAGCAAACCGUGCUGCUGUCGCUCAUACAGCAAAUUUCCGCCGACAUGGCAAACCACAAUGAACUGAAGCACAAGUACUUGUCCGAUGCAAUCGUCAAUCUAGACUUUCAGGAUCCGAUCACGAAGGAACACUCGCCGAAGGUGAUCAUGGAGCUGAUCAGCAACUGUCAGAAGUUUAUGACCGCGAACCCACAGAACCCGCUCUGCACCAGCCUGAAGAUGCUGGUCAUUGCCGCGCAGUACAUUGGCUUCAAGAAUACCUGAUACCUGUUCAAGUAGCGGCAAUCAGCGGUAACCAACGGCAGAACCAAGACUGACGGCACCUGAAAGAGCACAUUCAAAGAGAGAGAGAGGGAGAGAGAGAAGAGGUCCCAUCCCCCAUCGUAAGCCCCCCACAAAGCAAUCAAAUCAAUUCAAAUCAAUUUUACACCUUUCACACACACACACACAAUCCCUUCUUAGAUGAAAAAAGACAUGACCAACACACCCCAUUCCAGAGGGGAACUAAUCGUGAACUCAGUCCCAUUUUUAGGAUUCAUCCUGUCCGUGUUCUACUUUUAAGUACAAUUUUGACACUUAUUUAA